AUGAGGCGCGGACGUGCGGGUGUGGGUAGAGGGGCUCCCAGACCGCCGCCCUGGAGAGGCCACGGCCACUGCUGGACGCCAGGCGCUCCCCUCUGGGGCUCGGUGACAACACCCGCCCCCAACGGGAGCACUUCUGAGUGUUCGCCAGGAGCGCCUGCCAGGCGGCCCUGCUCUGAGCCCCACGGUGGCCUGGGCCGUACCCGGCACCGCCUCCAGCUUGCGAUGGUCACACCGCAGGCCAAGUCACCAGGCCUCGGGGGGCCCAGGAGGCGUGGCGGGGGUCUGUGGGGGGCGAGGAGGGCAGCGCCAUCCGGCGGAAACGGGGGGCAAGCCAGACGUCUCAUGAUGUGUGUGACUUCCACACAGUCCCAGCAAAAGAAAGGGAAGGGAAACAGGGCCUUGCUCCGGGCCAGCAGCCUCACGGCCCCUUACGGGCAGGCGCCCCCCACCCCACCCAGGCUGUGUAACCAGAGUCGCAGCGCCGGGAGCCCGGCCCAGGCUGGAUCGCACAGCUGUCCAUACACAGGCCGGGCGCCCCAGGAGGACACCCAAGCAGCAGCCCUGGGAAAGGCCAGUGUCCGCAGCGCGCGGCUGGAGGAGGCGGCCCUUGUCUGCUCCCUCGCAGCCCCCGGGAGCUCCCCGCCCUCUGCGAAUUUGCUCAGCUUCCCGGCAGCUGACGGCUGUGGAGGGUGGGACCCGGGCCCCGGAGCUCAGUGCCCGACCUCUGCUCGCAGACUCGGCUCUUGUCCUCCUGGCCGUCGAGAGUCAUUAAGAAGUGGCCGCCGCCAGCGUCACCGAGCACCCACUGUGUGCCUGGCCCCCUUCGCCGCGGCCCACGGAGCAUGCCCCAAAUGGGCCAACUGUGGCUUGGCUCUGUGCAGUCGAGUCAGGCUGACGGGGCAGCCGGCGUCGGGAACGCUGCCAGUUGCUGCGACAGAGAGAACGAAGCAGGGGCUGCUGCCAGCUCCCAGGGUGUCCGCCUGGACACGAGACGCAUGA